ACAGAAAUCGUAUAUAAGGUUAAAGUUUUCGACAUUUGGCAAGCAUAAUAAUUUCGAGAGUGCCAGCUGUUCUAUCAAGUUCAACGUUAACACAGGACAUCGAAGCUUUUCCUAACGUGCUUAAAGAAAGUCAUCGUUGUUGACAUGGAAACACCCGCCAAGAAAAUGACUGCCGUUGUCAUGGAGAAAUACGGCGGACCAGAGGUUCUACGACUCAGCACCGAAGUUGAGGUGCCGACGCCUGACGCCAAUCAGGUUUUGGUGCAGAUGAAGGCCAUUGGAAUCAACUCGGUAGAUAGCAGGGUACGAGAGGGCGGUUAUAUGCAGAAGUUGUUCAAGCCAGGCCAUGCACUGGGCAUUGACGGAUCGGGCAUCGUAGAAGCAGUUGGCGAAGGAGUGGCUAAAUACAAGCCUGGUGACAGGGUCUACAUAGUGCCGGGUAAAACAGGGACGUACGCCCAGUAUGUCCUCGCCAAUGAGAACAGCGUGUACCCGCUACACGAGAAACUCAGCUUCAACGAGGGGGCGGUGUUGCCAAUUCCAUACUUCACUGUCUACCGUGCAUUGGUCCAGAGGGCGAAGUUGGAGAAAGGAGAAACUCUACUAAUCCAGGGGGCAAGUGGCCAGGUGGGCCUGGCAUGUAUACAGAUUGCACGUUGGCUGGGAGCCAGUUACAUUGUCGGGACGGCUGGAAGGCUGGAGGGGCGAAAUCUUGCCUUGAAGUCAGGAGCAGAUGCCGUCAUUGACUACCGAGCAGACGACUUCCAGGAUCAGUUGAAAGAGGCAUUCAAGGACAAAAAGAUUGAUGUCAUCGUUGAGAUGAACAGCGACAUCAACAUGAAACUGGAUAUGGAGAUCAUCGGAUACGGGGGUCGUAUUGUGGUUGUUGGAAAGAGAGGAGAAACGAAAUGUGACCCAGGAAACCUUUUGGGAAAGGAGGCUUCUGUGAUGGGAAGCGGACUCAGACUCUCAACAGAGAGUCAGCGUAUGACAAUGGCGAAGGGUCUUUACGAGGCUGCAGAGGAGGGCUGGAUAAAACCACACAUCAAUAAGGAGUACCCUCUUGAAGAAGCAGAGAAGGCACACCGGGAGAUGGAUGACCGUAAGGGUGGGGUCGGAAAGAGUAUUUUUGUCUUGUAAAAGUUAAGACUGUGCAUCUGACAGUUGAGAAUUUUGUAACUUGGCAUUUUUUUACAGCUUCAAUUUGUGACCCAGAAUAAGGUGCUUCCAUGCAUUAGGUAUUUGAAGUUGUAGAACUAGUUUUUUACAGUUGCCAAUGUAUUAACUUAAUUAUAAAGUGGUGGCUGAAAUAUUUAUGAAGAUGUGUUCAAGAUGUCUUUCAGGGAAACUUGUUUAUUCAUCCAAUGCAAGAACAAUGGUUGUAAUUGUUACACAGCAAAUAAGCUUGGUUUUACAUUAUAUUAAAGUAUCUUUAAAAACUUAUACAUUUCUCUCAAAACGCAUGAAAACAAUCCAGCUAGUGUUUCUAUCACACACAAAGAAAACAAAAUACCACUUUUUUUCUAAUUUAUAUAUUUACAUACCGGUACUUUGGAUAUGCAGUGUAAACAUAUUAGACUAUUUUACGUGUGAGUAUUUAUAUCAAAGUACAUCUAGACUUUUUCAGACUUUAAAGUAUUCUUAAGUUUAACUGUUUUUAUUUCAUGUGUCAAAGUGCAGAACUUUGUAAGAUGUCCAUGAUUGCGAUGUGUGAAUUUGCUACAAAAUGACAACUGUUCACGACCAGUUUCUUCAUAAAUACAGUCAAAGUUGACAAUAAAACGUUGAACUUGUUUUCAGGUUUUCAAUUAUAGCUGUAA